UUCAGUGUUUUCUUCAGUGGACUUACUAUUUUUUUUAAUUAUCAUAUUUGAUUUUUCCUGAAAAAAGUGAAAAUAAGGUGAAGAAAAUAAAGUUUAAAAGUAACAUUGAAGGUUUAUGAAGUCUUUUUUUGAUAAAGUAUGUAAGGAACAGGUGUAACUAAGAUUAUCUAACAUAUUAUUAAUAGCUUACGUUGAUUUCGACAACAUACUCCAUUACUCCAAGAUAUACCUCCAUUUUGGUUAAAGGACAAGGGGAGGGUGAAAGGGCUAGAUGCAUACUACCUAUAUGAUAGCAAGUAGAUUUUUAUGUAUGGACUAUUGCCCCAAUACUCAAUGACUCUUUGUUAUCCUUUAAUGAUCCAUUCCUAUUUACCCUAUUACUUCUUUGGCUCCAAAAAUAUUGCAGUAUGGGGUAGGGCAAAAGCCUUAAGAAAUUGGGUAAAUUGUGAGAAAGGACUACAAAACCCUUGUGAAUUACCUACAAAACCCAAGUGGGUAAGGAAGAGUUAACUUUUUCUUUUUUUCUUUUUGACAGAAGAAUCUAGAAGUUAAUUGACAUAAGGUUAUAUUGUAUAUUUGAUUGUGAAAGGAAAUAAUAUUUUUUUUUUGAAUGUUUUUUUUUAAAUAAAAGACGAACGAUGCUAUAUUUGCAAAACUUCUGUAAAUAGUAAACGUUGUAAAUAUUCAUGGAACAACUAUAAACCAAAAGUCAAAUAAUAGUGAAUCUUUAAUUCACUUGCGAACUAGGUUAACAAAGGGAGGUACAACAAUGUGAAUGAGGAAGGAAACUAGAAAUGGGAAUUUCUAAUUGUUGAAAGCCUAGGGUAACACAGACUAUAUCCUAAGAUUCCUAACCCAAUAUGAUCUUGAAAGUUGACUUACAACUCAUCAAAAAUGAACAUUUUCUCUUCUUUAUAAAGAACAUAUAUUUUCAUAAAAGAUUGUACCAUGGAACUAAAAUAAGAUAGUCCUACAGAUAAUGUAAAAAACAUUAAGUAAGAGCUUAAUGUAUUCAUCAUACUCUUGAUUUUAUAAUCUAAAAAUUGGAUUUAACUAAGGAAGUAGAAACAAUUAGACAGUUUUAUUUUUAAUGAACUUGCAGAUUUAUCGACCUAUAUUCUUGUUUCUAUUAUGUUAGAUUUGGAAAAAUGGUUCUGCAUAUUUAAUAGAAUGUCAGACCUAUAACAUUACUCUAUUGUUUUAAUGCUUAUCAUUCCCUGAUAUUUGUGUGUACCUUGUAAAAAUUCUUAGUCUUGUUACCCCCUUGAAGACUAAAUUUUGGAAUAUUUUUCUAUUUUAUACCUGUUAUUGUGAUGUACUGCUAGCUGUUCUGUUACUUGUUUCGUCAGCGUUCAGACAGAUUAAGGUUUCUGAAAGUAUUUGCAGAAAAAGAGUUCCAAGUAAUUCUCCUGACUAUGGGGCUAUCUUCAUGGCAAGCAAUUCCACCAGGAAAGAAUGCUUUGAAAGAGAAAUCUUUGGUCUUCCAUCUGAAUAUGCUGAUUUUGUGAUGAAAGUUAAGAAUGGGAUGCUUUUGUUUCUCUUUGAUUUUCAAGACAGAUUGCUUUAUGGGGUUUUCGAGGCAACCUCUGAUGGUGCGAUGAAUAUAGUCCCUGAUGCAUACAAGUCAACAUCAAACAGGAAGUUUCCAGCACAGGUCCGCUUCAGUACAUUUUGGCACUGUGAUCCUCUUCCAGAGAACAUUUUUGGUGAUGCAAUAAAGGAAAACUACUUCAAACAAUUCAAAUUCAAUCUUGGUUUAUCUAGAGAUCAAGUAGGAAGGCUCCUAUUUCUGUUUGAGAAAAGAAUGCUCAGGAUCCCUAAUUCUCCUGUGAGGGAAAGAAAAAAUCAGAGUAGCAGACAAAUAGAAAAAUCUAUGGUGCUACAUCCUAAAUCUGUAGUAAAUCUAGAACUAUUAACGGAGACAUCACAAGAAUCAAUUCCUAAGGAAACAGGCAACAUGGAUGCUCCUGAUCAUGGAAAUGCAACUCACCUUGACGACUAUAUACCAUUGCCUUCAAUAGAACCUGAAGAAAUUGAAGAUCCUUCUGAAGGAUUCCUUUGUGGUGCUGAUUUAUCUUCCUUGUGGCCAUUUACAAAGGUUGGUGGUACAGAUGGUGACAAGCAGGUUGAUGAUGAUACUAGGUGUCAUGUUCAGGGUGGGUGGGAUUUAGAUUAUUCAAAGCCAGCCAGCUGCUCUUCAGGACCUAAAAUAAGUAUACCACAAGUAGAACACAAGAAAAUUGAUGAUUCCAGUGGCUUCCAGGUUCAGGGGCUGUACUCAGACAAGAUGAGAACAAGUGCAUUUCUACGAUUGUCGGGGCUAGGGAAAGUGUUGGGAAAGGAACGUCAUCGUCGUAGUGAGGUGGACAAUCUGGGGGAUGUACUGAAAGGACUGGAUGAGAGGCUUAAAAUGUGGAAGUGCAAAAGCAGCAUUGAGAAUGCUUCCAGGAUUAGUGUGUUUUCUCGGUUGAGAAGAGAUGUUGGAAAGGCAAUGGAAGGUGAGACGAAAUCCAUGUAUGUUGCAAAAGAAUUUAAUUCUCAGAAUUUGAAGCACAAGAGUAGUUGCAGUGUCAAGAUCAGUGAAUUGGAUUACGAUAACUUACCAGGAAAUCAGCCGGGAAAGGCAUUGGAAAGCCAUAGUAAAGUAGUAUUAUCCGGUGAGAUGAAGUCUGUAGACAUUGUGAAAGAAUUCAUUAGUCAGACUUUGAAACGCAAGAUUAGUUCAAAUGUCGAGACUAAUGAAAAGGGCUGCGACAACUUACUAGGAAAACAGCCUGGGAGAAGAUUGAGGAUUAAUUGUUCCAGAAAAAGAUCAAGAACUAGGACUUACAAGUUCCAACAGUAACUCUAGUGGGCAGAUCAUUCUGAGGGAAGUUCUGUCUGCACAAUUAACAGUACAUGCCAUGAAGAUAUGACUACUGAAUGCUGAAUAUGAGUUGAACUUCUGAUCUAGUGUGUAAUAUAAAGGCUAAGUUUUUUGUUUUAUCUUUAACAUGAGUUGUGAAGCUGGGUGCUAAGUUUAGUCACCGUAAACUAAUGCACAAAACUCUCCGUUGAUCAAA